UAACAACUCAUAUUUCCUAUUUAUGUUAAAGGUUAUUAUGGGUGACGUUUUGAAAGCCGGGUUAGUGUUUGGUUUUUAUCUGCUUAGUGUUUCGCAUUUUGCGCAAUGUGGGCCGGUGAGGAAUAACACAAGACCGAACACACAACGGUAUAGACUUCAUUCAUCGGUUCAAAACGGAAGAAAUCGUUCGCUGUCGUUGUCAGAACUUGAGUAUCUGACACGCAGGACGUCACAGCAUUUAAAAUUUGGUCGGCGAGUCAUAGCUGGAGCUUUGGCCGAAAUAUCCUCGCGUCACGAUCGGGAUUGUUCGGACGGAGAUCGGAUUUUUUCGGUCGGAGAAAUGUUCACAAGGGAAUCGGAUCCAUGCGAGAGGUGUCUAUGUGCUUCUACAGGGCCGCAAUGCUCAGUGACGAGAUGCCCAGAGUUAUCUGAGAGCUGUAUUGAAGUCGCAAGACACGCAGGGGAGUGUUGUGUGCAGUGUGUAAGGGAGGGAUGCGAUGAAAACAACAGGACUUAUCAUGUUGGGGAAUAUUUUAAUACUUCUCCUUGCCGUUUAUGUAAAUGCGAAACCAACGGAAGGGCUUACUGUAGUGUGGCUGAUUGCGAACCUCCCCCGUGCAUUGAUUCUAUUAGGCUUCCUGACCAGUGCUGCCCAGUAUGUCCGGAAGGUCCCAACUGCUUUGCCGGUGGUCGUGUCAUUCCUUCAGGACAAACAGUUCUAAUAGACAAUGGCUGCCGCCGAUGCCGCUGCACCAACUACGGUCGCUAUUGGGCCGGCAGCGAUCAAGCCGAUUGUGACGUCAUGCCCCAUUGUCAAAGAUCGAAUGAGGGAAAAUAACCAAAAAAAUGUUUUUUUUUAAUUUUCCAAAAAUUGCUUUCCGGUCGCGAAAACGAUGGCCUAUAACGUCACAGACGAUAACAAUGGAAGUAUUGUUCGACGUUGGCAACCCGCUGGCGGAUGAAUAUGUUUAUUGUGAUUUGUGUCACGUGGUUUCGACGUCACUUUUAAUUAAGUUAAUUCCAUUUUUUUAUUUGUUUGAUUUUAUCCAAUUUAUCUAAGUUGUAGUUAUCUAAGUUGUAAAAUGUUGAAAUAUUUAAUUUUUUAUAAUACGCGAAUUAUUCUUGGAAUGUCCGUAUUAUUACGUGUUUCGCUCCGUAAAAAGCGCGAAAACGCGAUUUUGACAUUGUAUGUUUGUUUCGCGCGAGGAAGAUAAGCAUUGUUUGGUCACAAACAAGUUUAUGAAUCCUCGCGAAUCAAAGAGCGAUUUGUUCGAAAGUUCCUUAUGACGUCACAAGGUGCUUCAUUGUCUACUGCACAGGUGUAUUGUUUCGUAAUAAAACAAGGUGCUCCAUAGCGUCAUCUA